UCUGCAGCUACACCCUUCUCUUCUAGUUUGUGCCUAAUAAAAAUGUCGAAUGCCAUCCAAAACAAGUCUGAUCCUAUGUAAUGUACAGUAUAUUGUUUUUGCGACCUUAUCAAGAUGGCCGAUUCGCAAAGGCGCAUCUCUCUUACGUCAUGCCAGACCCGGAAGUGUUUCCACUAGCGCCUGGAUUUGUUUUCAUUUUGUGGCACUAUGGCGAGCAAGAGCAAAAAACGGAAUGCUUCAAAGAAAACACAGGAUACGACGAGAAAUCUUGUGGAUCUGGAGAUAACCGUAAAUAACUGGGUUCUUGAUUAUUAUUUUCGCUGCGCCGUUGCUGCUUUCCAGAGCGAACGUCAUAAGGACUUUGAGGAGAUCAGAGAUGUUGUAGCUGCUUUAAUUCAGCGGCCUUUGGGAUCAACACCUGAGAUCAUCAGGCAACUGCGUAUAAUGCAGUGCCUUACUAGGAUUGAAGAAGGGGAAAAUCCAGACAGCCCAAAACUCCCACCAUAAGAAGAAUAUGUCUGACAAACCGAAAACCCCAGAAAAGUCAGACCAGACAAGUAAACCCUCACCUACUCCAGAUGUUUCCACUGAUUCUCCUCAAGCUGUAAGGCCAGAAGCCACCUGUGACUUUACCUACAGGUUAUCUGCUAUAAGGUCUAAAUUUAAGGAACUUUGCAAAGAUCAAAAUCCUGACAGCACCUUUACAGAGUUGUGCGAGACGGACUUUAUAAGGGAGAGUUCCACCCCUGUCUGUUCUCCUAAUAAAAAGAGACCCCGGGAAGGGGUGAGCCCUGAAGAUGAGUCAUUGUGUUCGAAAUUGGUUAACCUGAAGAAGUGUUCUGUAACUGUGCACCAGCUGGUUAUGGAGCAGGAUAGCCAAUAUGAGGACUGUGGUGAUAGUACAGAAAUCUCACAGGAAAAGAGGGAUGAUACAGGUUCUCCUCCACAGAAAGUGGCUGUCCUGGCCGUACACAAUCAGAAAGUAACCCCCACAAAGAAGAAAGCAUCGUCUAUUCUGAAUGGAUCUGAUAUUAUCGAAGACCAUGACUCCUGGAGUGAUGAGGAUUAUCUAUUUAGAAAGAAAACAUCAACAGCUUCUGAUAGCACAUUGGGCAUACACAAGAAACAGAAAUGGACACAGCAGGAGACAGAAUGGAUACGAUCUGGAGUGAAGAAAUUUGGUGAGGGGAACUGGAGAUUAAUUGCAAACAAAUUUCCUUUCAAAAACCGCACGCCUGUGAUGAUUAAAGAUAGAUGGAGGACAAUGAAGAAACUUGGUCUUGUUCAAUAGACAUUGCAUCCUUUUGUUGUUUUCUCCAAUGGAUUGUCUCUCCAACUAAUGGAGAAUCCUGUAGGUUGGUGACAACUAUGCCAAAUUUAAUUUUGGCUUAAACAAUGGAACAAGACUAAAUUUGAUGGCACAACGGAUGGAAUUUGUAUGCAGCAUAGCAAGUGCAGGAUUUGUGUGCAGUAUUACCAUCAACACAAGAGUUGUUCAUUUAUCUUCCCUGGAUUUAACUUUGUAUUAUAUUUUAAUGACAUUUCCUACAUCCUUAUCGUGUUGAGUAGUGCUAUGUACAUUAUAAAAGGCUUCAAAUUUAA